GCUCUACCACGAUCCGGACGUCUCUGUGGUGAGCUGGACGACUGAGUAGUCGGGCGAAAACCGCUAAGAGCGGAGAACCAACCAAAGAGAAAGAACGGCAACGUCCAAGAGAGAAGGGCCAGCACGUCGGGGGCCUCUCUGGCCCUUCCCGGGCCCAGUUCUCGAUAGUUGUCCGGAAGAAAGGGAUCUGGGAGCGAGAAAGAUGCGUGAAGCUAGGAGGACGCGUCGCGCGGUGACGCUCUGGCCCGAUGCCGACGGCCUCUCAGUGGCUCUUGGAGGACCCGGCGGGCCGAGUGUUGGAGGUGAGGAGGCGGGGCUGGCAGAGCUAGUCCGGGCCUGUGGAAACCUCUGACCCCACGCUUCGGGCGUUUCCUUAUCGGGUUCACCUCUGCCUUAUCUCGCGCUGCAUUUCGUAGGCGGAGCCGCUGCUUGGGAAGUCCUACUUAAGAGCUGAAGGUCGGGCCAGGACAGUAAGACCUGAGUCCUUGCUCCCACCAGCCUCCUAUGGCUUAAGACCCAGGGCCAGGGUCCUGUUGAUGUAACGGAGCAGAGGAGCAGCAGAUGAAUGGACACCUUGAAGCAGAGGAGCAGCAGGACCAGAGGCCGGACCAGGAGCUGACCGGGAGCUGGGGCCACGGGCCUAGGAGCACCCUGGUCAGGGCUAAGGCCAUGGCCCCGCCACCACCGCCACUGGCUGCCAGCACCCCGCUCCUCCAUGGCGAGUUCGGCUCCUACCCAGCCCGAGGCCCACGCUAUGCCCUCACCCUCACGUCACAGGCCCUGCACAUACAGCGGCUGCGCCCCAAACCUGAAGCCAGGCCCCGGGGUGGCCUGGUCCCAUUGGCUGAGGUCUCAGGCUGCUGCACCCUGCGAAGCCGCAGCCCCUCGGACUCAGCGGCCUACUUCUGCAUCUACACCUAUCCUCGGGGCCGGCUCGGGGGCCGGCGCAGAGCCACCCGCACCUUCCGGGCAGAUGGGGCUGCCACCUACGAAGAGAACCGUGCCGAGGCCCAGCGCUGGGCCAUCGCCCUCACAUGUCUGCUCCGAGGACUGCCGCUGCCUGGGGACGGGGAGAUCACCACUGACCUGCUACCUCGGCCGCCCCGGUUGCUCCUAUUGGUCAAUCCCUUCGGGGGGCGGGGCCUGGCCUGGCAGUGGUGUAAGAACUACGUGCUGCCCAUGAUCUCUGAAGCUGGGCUGUCCUUCAACCUCAUCCAGACAGAACGACAGAACCACGCCCGGGAGCUGGUGCAGGGGCUGCGCCUGAGUGAGUGGGAUGGCAUCGUCACGGUCUCGGGAGACGGGCUGCUCUAUGAGGUGCUGAACGGGCUCCUAGAUCGCUCUGACUGGGAGGAAGCUGUGAAGAUGCCUGUGGGCAUCCUCCCCUGCGGCUCGGGCAAUGCGUUGGCUGGAGCAGUGAACCAGCACGGGGGGUUUGAGCCGGCCUUGGGCCUUGACCUGCUGCUCAACUGCUCACUGUUGCUCUGCCGGGGCGGUGGCCAUCCGCUGGACCUGCUCUCCGUGACGCUGGCCUCAGGCUCCCGCUGUUUCUCCUUCCUGUCUGUGGCCUGGGGCUUCGUGUCUGAUGUGGAUAUCCAGAGCGAGCGCUUCAGGGCUCUGGGCAGUGUCCGCUUCACACUGGGCACGAUGCUGGGCCUUGCCACAUUGCAUACCUACCGCGGACGCCUCUCCUACCUCCCUGCCACUGUGGAACCCCCUUCGCCCACCCCUGCCCAUGGCCUGCCCCGUGCCAAGUCGGAGCUGACCCUGACCCCAGACCCAGCCCCGCCCAUGGCCCACUCACCCCUGCAUCGCUCUGUGUCUGACCUGCCCCUUCCCCUGCCCCAGCCUGCCCUGGCCUCCCCUGGCUCCCCGGAACCCCUGCCCAUCCUGUCCCUCAAUGGUGGGGGCCCAGAGCUGGCCGGGGACUGGGGUGGGGCUGGGGAUGCUCCGCUUUCCCCGGACCCACUGCUGUCUUCACCUCCUGGCUCUCCCAAGGCAGCUCUACUCUCGCCCGUCGCCCAGGGACCCCCUGUUAUUCCCCCAUCCUCUGGGCUCCCACCUCCCACCCCUGAUGGCCGGGUAUCGACCUCCACCUGCGGCCCGCCCGACCACCUGCUGCCUCCUCUGGGCUCCCCACUGCCUCCAGACUGGGUGACGCUGGAGGAAGACUUUGUGCUGAUGUUGGCCAUCUCGCCCAGCCACCUGGGCGCUGACAUGGUGGCAGCUCCGCACGCGCGCUUCGAUGACGGCCUGGUGCACCUAUGCUGGGUGCGUAGUGGCAUCUCUCGGACUGCGCUGCUGCGCCUCUUCCUGGCCAUGGAGCGUGGUAGCCACUUCAGCCUGGGCUGUCCGCAGCUGGGCUACGCCGCGGCCCGUGCCUUCCGCCUAGAGCCGCUUACGCCACGCGGCGUGCUCACGGUGGACGGGGAGCAGGUGGAGUAUGGCCCGCUACAGGCGCAGAUGCACCCUGGCCUCGGUACACUGCUCACUGGGCCUCCUGGCUGCCUGGGGCGGGAGCCAUGAAACUAACCAAGCUUGGAACCCGCCGGGGGCGGGGCCUACAUUCCAAGGGGGCGCAGCCCGAGCUAGGGGGUGUGGCCUGGCUGCUAGAGUGGUGGUGACAGCUCCAAGUGCAAGGGCCCUGGCCCGGUCUCAGGGUUGCGCUCGCUUUCAUGGGACCAGACGUGAUGCGGCAGGGUGGGCGUCGUUACGGUUAGAGAGAGACAGGCUCGUCCCGAGGUUAGUGCCUGACUAAUGAGGGCAGGGCCUGGCGUCUGAACCCGGGCCGCCGUUACAGUGCGGGGAUCAGUCUAGACGCUUGCCACCUGCUCCCACCCAGCCAGUAUGGCUGAGGGCGGAGCCUGUUUGACGCGUCGCCCAAUGACGGGACCUGGAAUGUACUGGUUGGGGUAGGCCUUACCGAGUCGGCCGGUCAGGGCCCGCAGUCUCGCCCCAUCCACUCCGGUGCCUCCAUUUAGCUGGCCAAUCAGCCCAGGAGGGGCAGGUUCCCUCGGGCCGGCGCUAGGAUUUGCACUAAAGUUCCUCCCCCCGCGGGUGGGGGCGGGGAAAUUCAUAUCCCCUGUUCGUCUCAAGUGCGUCCCCCGUCCCCAGUCUAAAAAGCAAUUGAAAAGGUCUAUGCAAUAAAGGCAGUCGCUUCAUUCUUCUCA